CAAUAUUCAGAGUUUGUGUCGUACAUUCGUAGUUUCGUACAUUUCGUACGUAAUUUACAAAUGGCUGAAAAAAUUUAGUCGUUGACGAAGAAAUAAAUGUUAUUUUUUCGCGAAGCGCAAAGUCAGUGAAAAACAUAAAUUCAUAGACUGUAACCAUUGAAGACGUGGAAAGUAAAGAAUAAACGUUGAAAUGAACGUGGAUCCAUAAAAUACUUAUUAAAGUAUCGUGGAAAGAGUUUCUACUAACAUAACCUUAUUACCAAUAAAAUGGAGCUUCCGCAGCCGCCACAAGUUCUAAAGCAAUCGGCCGGUGGCCAGCCGGCUCCUGCUCCCGCCGGGCCUUAUAUGGCACAGAACAGGCAAUAUGUAAUGCCCCAACAGGCCGGAGCGACUCCCGCUCAGCUGGGCCUAGCGGCGUCGAUGGCGGUGGCGCCCGCGUUGCAGCAGUGGCUCGCGGCCAACUCGGCGCCGCCUGGCACAGCGCAGCACACCCAUCAUGACCUCGACAACAUCUCUGCACAGAUCAACAUGCUCAAAGAGCAAAUUACUCAAUCUGAGAAUAAUCUUAAUGCCCAGCAUACGGUGUUGAUUCAGCAACAACAAGCUAAAAUCAACGAGUUGGUUAGCAAGGCUCAAGUGGAAACAAUACAGAUGAUGGCAGAAGACAACAAUAUCAGCCUCAGCGAAUUGGACACCAUCCUGCAGCCAAUUAUUGAUACAUGCACCAAAGAUAGUAUAUCAUCUGGUAAAGGAUGGAUACUACAGCAUGCAACUUCACAUGAUGCGGGCAAAGUUAUAUCGCAGCACCUUCUAAGAAAGGUGACCCAGCCGGGUGCAGCAUUCACGCAGAAACUUCACAUCAUUUACCUGGUCAAUGAUGUCUUACACCAUUGUGCACGCAAAAACGCAGAAGAUCUCAAGAAAAAUUUGGAAAAUGUGGUGGUUCCAAUGUUUUGCAAUGCCAGUAUAGCUGUUACCGAAGAGCAGGAGGCUAAGCUUAACAAGUUACUGCGCCUGUGGGAAUCCAAGUCUAACUAUUUCGAGACAGCAGUCAUUGAAAAAAUGAAGAGUCCCACCAGUUCCUACCAGGAGUACCAGAACAAUUUGAUCUCACAGCACUCAAAUGCUAUUGCACAUUUAACACAACAAACUAAAUCUACUUUCGAAAACUACCAAACUCAACACCAAGCUUUUGUCGCGCAUACUAUGCAGCAGAUUCAACAAUUAGAAAUGCAGAAGCACGCUAUCGAAUUGCAGAACAGCCAUGAUCAGAAUAAAGACAAUGUACAGCAAAACAAUAUGCAAAAUAAUUUUCAAAAUAACAGUUUCAAUGAUCAAAGUUUUCCCCCAAUGGGUGGUUAUGAACCAAACUUUAAUGCCAACAACCAAUAUGGAAGCGAAAGUGGCGAUAACUAUGCAUCUAACAAUAGCCUAAGUGGAAAUGAAAACAGUUAUGAUAGUCAAACAUUUGACCAAAUUACUAACCAGAAGAAGAAAACUGAAAUAACUGAAGAACCGGAUUUAUCAAAUCUUCCAAAUAUAAACUUCUCCCAACCUCCUCCUGGAUUCGUACCUAACGAGAACCCGGCACUGUUAGCAUUCCAAAAUGGUCUUCCAGAUCUGAGCAAGCCCCCACCUGGCUUCCCACCAUUCCCUGAAGUAAACAAUGAAGAAUUAAUGCCUUCCGUACCAUACUUUGAAUUGCCAGCUGGUUUGAUGGUCCCGCUCAUUAUGUUGGAAGACGAUCGGUACCGACCUUUGGAUCCGGCAAAAAUUCGCCUUCCACCUCCUGCCCCACCUAAUGAAAGACUUCUGGCUGCAGUUGAUGCAUUCUAUGCAUCACCUAACCACGAAAGGCCAAGAGACAAUGAGGGUUGGGAGAAAUUAGGACUCUAUGAAUACUAUAAAGCUAAGAAUGCUGCUAGAAAAAUGAAGGAAGAGGCUAUAGCUCAGGGCUUCCGGGAGAAGUCCAGAUCUCCUAGUCCAAUACCAAAAGACUUGCAGAAACAACCAACCCCACCUGGUAGACGAUACAGAUCAAAAAGUAAAACUCCAGAAAAAGCUGCAUCACCUACGAAGUCAAAGUCCAGAUCGCCAUCUCCAAAAAGAAAGUCAACUUCAUCAACUUCGUGGAGAAGAGAACGGGACAGAGAAAGUCGAGACAGUCGUAGACGAUCCAGAUCGAGGUCAAGGUCACGAUCGCGUAGUAGAUCUAGGGAACGAGACAGACAUCGGGAAUCACCGAGAUCACGCCGCGUUGAACGUUCUAGAUCACCCACGCCUCCCAGUUUCCUUGGCGGAGCAUACCCUAGUACGUCUAUGUCAGGUCUGGACGCGAGCAACAAAGGUCAUCAGUUAUUGCAAAAGAUGGGAUGGAGCGCCGGCGGGUUAGGAGCUUCUGGACAGGGCAUUGCCGAGCCGAUUAGCGGUGGCAUAGUUCGGGACAGACAAGACCAAUACAAAGGUGUUGGUGUAAACCUUAAUGAUCCUUACGAAAACUUCAGAAAGAACAAAGGUGCAGCAUUUAUAACGAGGAUGAAGGAAAGAGCACUUGAGCGUUCAUCGUGAUCGCUAGUAGAACUUAAGAUUUGAUGUAAAUGUGUAUGUAUGUGCGGCGUUGUGAUUGGAAUAUGAUUUAUUUUAUCUAAAUCAUCUUGAAUAAAGUUAUAUGAAUUUUC